AAAGGCUGAAUUUAGACUCUGUGAUGGUUACCCUGAAGGAGCUUUCGACGUUAACAUGAAUCCAGACCCUGUCAAACUUGGAGAAAACGUAACUUUUGAUAUUUUUGCGACUGUAACUGAUGAUGUUUUGGAUGAUGGAAAAAUUAUAGUGGAUUUUCUCGAUGAAGAUAGUUUUAUUUUACUAAGUCAACCUUUUGAUCUUCCUCCGGGCAUUAAAGCUAACCAAACAAUAGAUGAUAUAAUUUCAAUGCCAGUGAAACUUUCAAGUUUACCAAAAACCUACUAUAUACACAUUGGUAUUUAUUCGCAUACAGCUGAUGCUCCAUUUUUAGAUGUUGCCUGUACAAGAGCCUUUAUAGUAACACAAGAGCCUUUAUAG